CUAAGAUCAAAAUGGAGACUGACGAGGAAAAGCUCCUGGCUAAGGAGAAAAAUACGGUGGUAAAAUCGACAUACAAAUAUAAACUCGGGGUGAUAUUUGCCUGUCUCGGAACUGUGGUAGGCACAGGAAAUAUAUGGAGGUUUCCCAGGAUUCUCGCCACCAAUAGUGACACAAAAGGUGGUCUGGUAUUUCUGAUAGUAUGGCUUUUCUUCCUCUUCUUCUGGUCCAUUCCUAUGUUACUUACCGAGUAUUCCAUCGGACGUUACACGCGAAAAGCCACCAUCCAGGCAUUUAGACAUUUCCAUGGCGACAAGGCCACGUGGGCUGGCGCGUGGGUUACCUUGGUUUCAUUCUUCAUUUCUUGCUAUUAUUCAGUGGUCGUUGGAUGGUGCUUUUAUUAUUUCGGGUUUGCUAUCGGCAACCCUCUUCCUGAAAACAACGAAGAAGGAAAGAAAAUAUUUGACGAUUUUGUGGUGCAUAGCAGUUGGCCGAUACUUUUCCACGCAGCGGCCAUUUUAUGUGCGGGUGUGGCUACAUACAAAGGUGUUAAAACCAUAGAGAGGGCCUGCAUGGUCAUGGUACCCACGCUUCUGGUCAUUGUCAUAUUCACAUUUAUCUGGUCACUCACAAGGAAAUGGUCUAAUAUUGGGCUGACCUAUAUGUUCACGCCAAGUUGGGAAUCAUUCGGAGACCCACGUCUUUGGGUAGACGCUGUCAGUCAAAAUGCGUUUGACACGGGUGCUGGGAUGGGUCUUAUCAUCCCGUAUGCCGCCUAUAUGACCUCCAAUCACGGGAUCGUUAGAUAUGGGACCCUGAUACCAGCCACCAAUAACAUGGUCAGUCUCAUCUGCGGGAUGACAAUCAUAUCCACUGCCUUCUCGUCCCUAGUUGCACUUCAGCCAACAAUCACCCAAGAAGAUGUCGUCAACAUAUUAAAAGACAGUGGGCCAGGAAGCACGGGAGUCACUUUUAUUUGGGUUCCGGUGUUGUUCCAGGCUGCGGGGGACGAGUUUGGGCGCGUGCUUUGCGUUCUCUUCUUUUUGUGCCUGUCAUUUGCCGGAUUGUCGUCUUUAAUAUCCAACGUUGAACUUCUUGCGCAAACCAUGGAGGACUUUGGACUUAAGAGGAAAUUCGGCAGUCCCAUAUCUCUAUUGUUGGUAUUUCUUAUCGGGCUUCCGUCGGCUUUUAGUCUUGAUUUUCUAUCAAACCAGGAUUUCGUCUGGGGGUUCGCACUGCUCAUCAACGGUCUGAUGUUACAGGGCCUUGUUAUUUUUUACGGAGCCAAUACAUAUCGCCAAACUGUGUUCAAUAAUUUUUCACUAGACGACUGGUAUCUGCCGAAGUUGUGGCAUUGGAUAGUCAAGUUUAUAGCGCCACUGGAGGCCGUGGUGCUUCUGGUAUGGUGGGCCAUUGACCUCAUCGUGUUUGAAGAAGAGAAAGAUCAGCGUUGGUACGAGUUUGGCGCGGAGAGUUUUAUGCUCACGAUAGUACAGUGGCUGGGAUUUAUGCUUCUAGUAGUGAUUGCAAAUAUCCUGUUGAUCAAGUUCCGUCCGCACUGGUUUCAAGUCUCAGAAGUCAUACGUCCCAGUCCUAGCACGCCUUACGUCAAAUAUGGCGCCAACGACGACGGUGUCGACAUCUUCAGUACAUCCGAGAAACUAUACGAAAAUGAAGACAUGGGGAAAAAGACUAAAAUGUACGCUGAUCACAGCUCUGAAACUUCUUUUAAGUGAAAAGUAAUUUUAUCAAAAAAUAUAGUGUUCAUGCCAGUGACUUUUGGUGCUCAAAUUCCAUAUUUUAUUAGGUAAUUGUAAGGCAAUCUAAUUUAAUAUUUUCACGGUAAUUAUAUUUUGCAAUAUCAUGGGAAAUAUUUUGAAUCGAGUAUUAUAUUUAAUGGCGGUUUCAUUUAUGCCUUUUAAAACAAGAGCAUUUAGUAAUAAUACUCUUUCUUUCGUCUAAGUUUCUUGAUUUCUGUGAUAGAUUUUCUAUAGAAAUUUCUCUUUGUAUUAA